AUGAGCACUCACUUGCUCGGAGAGAGACCCAGUAGCAGGCUCCAUGAGAGCAACCUCCUGCACCAUGGCCACACCAUGAUCAAGUGCUCGAAGUGGCUGCGCCAGAAGAAUCUGACCCAUUUUGAUUCACAGAAAUGUGUGCAGCUGUGCACGUGGCCCACCCACCUGCUGCUGCACCUGCGCCACCCCGCGCUGCAGCUGCUCCGCCUGCGCCUGGAGGGCGCGCACCACCUGGCAGGCGGCGGCCUGCGUCUCGGACACGGCCUCCAGCACCAGCUGCUCCGUGGCCACGGCCAGGCCGCGCUGCAGCUGCUGCACCGGGGCCGCCAGCGCCUCCAGCAGCGACGCGCACUGCGCCUGCGACAGCGGCGGCGCCUCCAGCGCCACCUGCACCUGCACCGGCGCCGUCGCCUUGGGCUUGCGUGCUUUGCUCCUCUUUUUGGAGCACUGAAUAUGGUUGUUAACGCAGCCGACAAUGCUUACUGCAUGACUAACCUCCUGACGUGACUGUGUCGUCAUCACUGUUUUUUGUGUGAUUAUGUGUACGCACAUGCGUCCUCACCUGCGCCUGCGCCAGGCCGCGCUCCAGCGCGCGCAGUGGCUCGGUGACGGGCUGCAGGGCCGAGGCGGCGACGGCGGCGGC